AUGCUCGACAAGACCGUCGAGAUCAGCGGCUGGCACGCCGGCUGGAUCAGCAGGACUCUACCAGCCUUCGACCUCUACGCGAACAUCACCCAAGAUGUCCUUCUACUCAGCAUUACCCUCCUCGGCAUCUACAGCUUCUUCCGUCUCCGCUCAUAUGGACAGCAACUCAAGGCCAACCCAAGCGACCGCGCUGCCAUCUUCAAGCGCCUGGACGCCACCGUGCUGAGAGGCUGCCGCGCCAACUGGUACAUUGCGAUGCUCUUCUUCCUCAACGCUCUAGCCAUCUCCGGUGUGGAUGCUUACAUCGGCAUUGUCGCGAUCAAAGACGAUGUCAACCAGGAUCCUACGGGCUACGACAAGCAAUUCAUCAUUGAGGCUGCGGUGUAUGUCGCGUACAUUACCGUGGUAUUCAUGACGACCUUCUUUGUGGUGCCUCUCCUACAAAUGCUGCUCGUCACCUCCAUCCUGGCGCGUGUUAUGCGCAAACGUGGUCUUAUCUCUCUCUCGGGACAUAUGCUUGAGGCUCGUGUGUACUCUACCAAUAUCGCGCAGAUCUGGACUAUUGUCCUCUUCUUCGCCAUGGCCUGGUGGAAGCCAUCAACUGAUGCCAGCCUCACGAGGUGGAUCAUGCUGCAAGCCGCCAUGGGCUCUUCGCUCACAUGGCUUGAUGCGAGCUUUGCCUUCAAUUUCUGCUUCAAGAAGAUCGCCGACAAGGACUUCACGAUUGGCGACGGCCGACUGACAGACAUCCUGCGCAUGUUCGCGGACACGGUCGUAGCGGUCCAUACCUUGGAGAAAGGCAACACUACAAGCCUUCCAGUCUACAAUGAUAGGGCUAUCGCCACCGAGACUGCCACUGCUGAUGAGAAGACACCGUUGACUGCAUAA